AUGCUCUGUGCUAUUCACGGUUAUAUCUGCUGGGAGGCCAUCUCUGGAAAACCGCUUGGCACACUACUCAGGAAAUCCUUGCCAAAAGCUAGUGUUGAUACCAAAUUCUAUAGAGUACCAUUAGAAUACAAUAGUCUCGAAACCGAUGAGGUCAACUUACCAUCGGACCAUAUCUUCACUCUUUAA